AUGGGUGCCCCGAGCGGGUGCCCAGCGCUGCUGUGGGCCCUCGUGGCCCUGCUCUCGGCGGGCAUGGCAGGAGGGCGAGGGCCCUGGGAGGGGGCACAGUGGCUGCUCCCCGCCCGACCACAUUCCCGGUGUGACCUGGCUCCCUCCACAGCCCGGCACCUGACCUUCAUCCCGCCCGUCACUGUCUUCCCCACCAUGAGCCCCUUGAACACGGCCCACGGCGGGCGGGUGUGCAGCACGUGGGGCGACUUCCACUACAAGACCUUCGACGGCGACGUCUUCCGCUUCCCGGGGCUGUGCAACUAUGUCUUCUCUGCGCACUGCGGCUCCGCCUACGAGGACUUCAACCUGCAGCUCCGCCGCGGCCUGCUGGGCCCCAGACCCACCAUCACCCACAUUGUGCUCAGAUCACAGGGUCUCGUGCUGGAGGUCUCCAACGGCUCGGUCCUCAUCAACGGGUGGCGGGUGGAGCUGCCCUACAGCCGCGCCGGCCUCCUGGUGGAGAGGAGCAGCGCCUACGUCAAGAUCAACGUCCGGCUGAUGCUGACCUUCGUGUGGAACGGAGAGGACAGCGCCCUGCUGGAGCUGGACCCCAAGUAUGCCAACCAGACCUGCGGCCUGUGCGGUGACUUCAACGGGCUCCGGGCCGUCAGUGAGUUCUACGCCCACAAUGCCAGGCUGAGCCCACUACAGUUUGGGAACCUGCAGAAGCUAGACGGGCCCACGGAGCAGUGCCAGGACCCCCUGCCCUCCCCCGCUGCUGACAACUGCACAGACGAGGAGGGCAUCUGCCGCCGCACCCUGCUGGGCCCCGCCUUCGCUCCCUGCCACGGGCUGGUGGACGCCGAGGUGUACGUGGCCGCCUGCACCCAGGACCUGUGCCGCUGCCCCUCCUGCCCGUGUGCCACCUUCGCUGAGUAUUCCCGCCAGUGCGCCCACGCGGGGGGACAGCCGCAGAGCUGGAGGGGCCCCGACCUCUGCCCCCAGACAUGCCCCCUGAACACUCAGCACCAGGAGUGCGGCUCGCCCUGCGUGGACACCUGCUCCAACUCUGAGCGCUCCCAGCUGUGCGAGGACCACUGCGUGGACGGCUGCUUCUGCCCCCCAGACACAGUGCUGGACGACGUCACCCACACUGGCUGCCUGCCCCUGCGACAGUGCCCUUGCACCCACGGCGGGCGCAUCUACGACCCUGGGGCCUCCUUCAACACCAGCUGCAGCUCCUGCACCUGCUCCGGGGGACUUUGGCAGUGCCAGGACCUCCCAUGCCCGGGCACCUGCUCCAUCCAGGGCGGGUCUCACAUCUCCACCUACGACGAGAAACUCUACGACGUACACGGGGACUGCAGUUACGUCCUCACCAAGGUAUGUGCAGACAGUGCCCUCGCCAUCCUGGCCGAGCUGCGCAAGUGCGGCCUGACGGACAACGAGAACUGCCUCAAAGCCAUGACGCUGAGCUUGAACGGAGGGGACACGACCGUCCAGAUCCAGGCCAACGGCGGGGUGUUCGUGAACUCCAUCUACACCCAGCUGCCCGUGUCUGUGGCUGACGUCACGGUCUUCAGGCCGUCGUCCUUCUUCAUCCUGGUGCAGAUGGGCCGCUGGCUGCAGCUGCAGGUGCAGCUGGUGCCCAUCAUGCAGGUGUUCCUCUGGCUGGACCCGGCCUACCGCGGCCAGAUGUGCGGCCUGUGUGGGAACUUCAACCAGAACCAGGCUGACGACUUCCGGACGGUCGGCGGCGUGGUGGAGGCCACGGCCGCGGCCUUCGCCAACACCUGGAAGACCCAGGCCUCCUGCCCCAAUGUCAAGAACAGUUUUGAGGACCCCUGCUCCCUCAGCGUGGAGAAUGAGAACUACGCCCAGCACUGGUGCUCCCUGCUGACCAGCCCUGCCGGGCCCUUCUCGUCCUGCCACUCGGUCCUCAGCCCUGGGCCCUUCCACUCGAACUGCAUGUUUGACACCUGUAACUGUGAGAAGAGUGAGGACUGCAUGUGCGCGGCCCUGUCCUCCUACGUCCGGGCCUGUGCCGCCCGGGGCGUGCUGCUCAGCGGCUGGCGGGACGGCGUGUGCACCAAGUAUGCGAGCAGCUGCCCAAAGACCCAGAGCUACGCCCACAUGGUGGACAGCUGUCAGCCCACCUGCCGCUCCUUGAGCCAGCCUGACGUCUCCUGUGACGUGGCCUUCGUGCCUGUGGAUGGCUGCGUCUGCCCGCCGGGCACCUUCCUGGAUGAUGCGGGUGACUGUGUCCCCGCCGAAGCCUGUCCCUGCUACUUGCGUGGCACGGUGGUGGCUCCGGGGGAGGUCGUUCAUGACAACGGCGUGGUGUGCUCGUGUGUGAGCGGGAGGCUGAGCUGUCUGGGGGCCACGGAGCAGAGCACAGGGUGUGUGGCCCCCAUGGUGUUCCUGGAUUGCAGCAACACCUCCGCGGACGCACCGGGGGCUGAGUGCGUGCGAAGCUGCCACAGCCUGGACGUGGACUGUUUCAGCACCCACUGCGUGUCAGGCUGCGUCUGCCCAGUGGGGCUGCUGUCCGACGGGAGCGGAGGCUGCGUGGCCAAGGAGGACUGCCCUUGCCUGCACAACGAGGCCGCCUACAAGCCCGGGGAGGUCAUCAAGGUCGACUGCAACACCUGCACCUGCAGGGGCCGCAGGUGGGAGUGCAGCGAACGGCCCUGCCUGGGCACCUGUGUGGCCUACGGGGACGGCCACUUCCUCACCUUCGACGGCGAGCGCUACGGCUUCGAGGGGAGCUGCGAGUACACACUGGCACAGGACUACUGUGCGGGCAGCAACGCCGCCAACGGGACCUUCCGCAUCGUCACCGAGAACGUGCCCUGCGGGACUACGGGCGUCACCUGCUCCAAGGCCAUCAAGAUCUUCCUGGGGAGCUACGAGCUGAUCCUGCACGAGGGCACCCACAAGGUGCUGCAGAGGGGGCCGGGCGGAGACCUGCCCUACAGGGUCCGCUACAUGGGCAUCUACCUGACCGUGGAGACCCACAGCGGUGUGGUCGUGUCCUGGGACCGGAAGACCAGCGUGAUCAUCCGGCUGCGCCAUGAAUACAAGGGGAGGGUCUGCGGGCUGUGCGGGAACUUUGACGACAACGCUCUCAAUGACUUCACCACGCGGAGCCAGUCCGUGGUGGGCGACGUGCUGGAGUUUGGCAACAGCUGGAAAUUCUCCCCAUCCUGCCCGGAUGCUCUGGCCUCCAGGGACCCCUGCACCGCCAACCCGUACCGCAAGUCCUGGGCCCAGAAACAGUGCAGCAUCAUCAAUAGCGCAACCUUCAGCGCCUGCAGGUCUCAGGUCGAUUCCACCAGGUACUACGAAGCCUGUGUGAGCGAUGCCUGUGCCUGCGACUCAGGGGGUGACUGCGAGUGCUUCUGCACGGCUGUGGCCGCCUACGCCCAGGCCUGCCACGAAGCGGGUGUAUGCGUGUCCUGGCGGACCCCGGACGUCUGCCCUCUUUUCUGCGACUACUACAACCCGCAUGGGGAGUGCGAAUGGCAUUACCAGCCCUGCGGGGCCCCCUGUCUGAAGACCUGCCGGAACCCCAGUGGGCUUUGCCUGAUGGACCUGCCAGGCCUGGAAGGCUGCUACCCGAAGUGCCCAUCCAGCAAGCCGUUCUUCAACGAGGAUCAGAUGAAAUGCGUGGCCCAGUGCAGCGGCUGCUAUGACGAAGACGGGAACUACUAUGAUGUUGGCAAGAGGGUUCCCACCACGGAGAACUGUCAGAGCUGUGACUGCACCUCCAGCGGCCUCCAGUGCACGCACAGCCCCGAGGCCUGUAUGUGUACCUAUGAGGGCAGGACCUAUGCCUACGGGGACGUCAUCUACAACACGACUGACGGGCUGGGCGCCUGCCUGAUUGCCAUCUGCAGAGACAAUGGAACCAUCGUCCGGAGGGCUGUGGAGUGCCCCGGAACCCCACCUACAACGCCCUUCACCUUCACCUUCACCAGCACGGCAGCUCCGCCCUCCACCACGGGCUUGGUCCCCACCCUGUCCACUGUGUGUGUGUGGAAGGUCUGCCACUGGUCCGACUGGUAUGAUGGAGGCCAUCCAGAGCCAGACAUGAGCGGGGGAGACUUUGAAACAUUCGAGAACCUGAGGCAGAGGGGCUACCAGGUCUGCCUGGCCCCCGCAGACAUUGAGUGCCAGGCACAGCUCUUCCCAGGCAUGCCCCUGGAGAAGCUGGGCCAGAAGGUGGAGUGUAGCCGGGGCAAGGGGUUGACUUGCCUCAACAGCGAGCAGAGCCCCCCACUCUGUCUCAACUAUGAGCUGAGGGUCCUCUGCUGUGACUAUGUGCCCUGUGGCACCAGCCAGUCUCCAUCCUCCCAGACACCGGCCACCUCCACCCAGACCACGUCCACUCUAGGAACCACCCACCCAACCACGGCAGUGCCCACCUCGCAGACCCCAUCCACCAAGCUUACCACAACCACGACCCCAGAGGGCAGCAGCUCUGCGUUCCCAGCCACCACCACCUGGGCCUCCACCAGCCAGGCCACGACCAGCUGUGAACGCAAGUGCCAGUGGACACAGUGGUUUGACGUGGACUACCCGAAGUACGAGGAGGCUGGGGGCGACUUUGAGACCUACGAGAAGAUCAGGGGCACGGGCGGGGCUGUGUGUGAGCAGCCCCAAGAUAUAGAGUGUGAGGCUGAGAACUACCCUGGCCAGAAACCAGAGGAGGUGGGCCAGCGAGUACACUGCGAUGUCCGCUUCGGCCUGGUGUGCAGAAACGACGAGCAACUGGGCCUGUUCAAGAUGUGCUACAACUACAAAAUGCGUGUGCUGUGCUGUAGGUACAGCCACUGCAGGGUGCCCACGUCCACCACGUCCCCCACGGCCACGGCCUCCCCCUCCACAGCCACUGCUGCUACAGCCACCACUGCGACAGAGCCCACCUCGGUGUUGACAACGACUCAAACCUCCACAGCUCAGCCGCCGACAGAAACAUCCCUGAGCACAACAGGCACCCCUCCCACCAGCAUGCUGCCCACCCCGCUCACCAAGACUGGCACCCCAGCCCCCACUACGGCCAGCACAGGGCCCCCCACCAGCCAGGGCAUGACCGGCUGUCGACCCAAGUGCCAGUGGACAGAGUGGUUUGACGUGGACUUCCCCACCUCGGGGGUCAUGGGUGGAGACAUAGAGACCUACGACAAUAUCCGGGCUGCGGGCGGCAAACUGUGCCAGCAGCCAGAGAAGAUUGCGUGCCGGGCAGAGAACUACCCUGAGGUCAGCAUCGACCAGAUCGGGCAGGUGCUCAGCUGCAGCCUGGAGACAGGGCUGGUGUGCAGGAACGAGGACCAGAAGGGCCCAUUCACCAUGUGCUUCAACUACAACAUCCGUGUCUACUGCUGUGAUGACGUCCGACACUGCCCCACCACAGCCACCCCAGGCCUCCAGGCCACUUCCACCUCUGGCAGCCUGAUGCCCUCUGUUGUCCCCCCAACCUCGUCUGGGCCCACCACACCCUGCCUUUGUCACGCCUUUGGGAAGUUCUUCCUACCAGGGGACAUUGUCUACAACAAGACAGAUGGGGCAGGCUGCCCCUUCUUAGCCAUCUGCAACCAGCACUGUGACCUUGACCGCUUCCAGGGCACCUGCCCUACCUCCUCACCCCCAAGAACCUCAGCCUCUGUGCCCCCAACCACCCCAGUUGUCGGCUGUGAUCGCACAAUUCCUCCUCGAAAGGUGAAUGAGUCCUGGUUCCUGGAGGACUGCACGGUGGCCCGUUGUGAAGGUGACAACCGUAUCAUCCUGCUGGGACCACGGCCGAUGAACAGCAUCACCUGUGUGAACGGGCACCUGCCCGUGAAGGUGCAGAAUCAGAGCCAUCCCUGUGACUACCACUACGAGUGCGAGUGCGUCUGCAGUGGCUGGGGGGGCGCCCACUAUGAGACCUUCGAUGGCACCUCCUACUCCUUCCUGGACAACUGCACCCACGUCCUUGUGCGCGAGAUCCAGCCACGCUACGGCAACCUCCGCAUCUUGCUGCACAACCGCUUCUGCGAGGCCGCUGCCCACUGCCCCCGCGCUCUGAGCAUCCACUACCAGCCCGUGGACAUCGUCCUCUCCACCUCCACUGGCGCUGGUGGGCAAGAGGAAAGUCUGAUCCUGUUGAACCAAACGCGGGUGAGGCAGAGCUUCAGCAAGAACGGCGUGACUGUGACCCUGACCGGGGCCACCGGAAUGCGUGUUGAUAUUCCCGCCGUCGGUGUCAGCAUCACCUUCAACGGGCAGGUCUUCCAGGCCCGGCUCUCGUACAGCCGCUUCAAUCACAACACCGAGGGCCAGUGCGGCACCUGCACCAACAACCGCAGGGACGAAUGUCGCCGGCCCGACGGCACCAUGGCCCGCACCUGCCAGGACAUGGCCCGGUCCUGGCUGGUCUCCGAGAGCAGUGGGGAGGGCUGCGGGGUGCCCACCGGCCUGCCCAUAACCACCAGCCCCCUCUUGCCGGGAACGAGCACGCCUGCCAUCCAGCCAUCGUGCCCCCCAGAGCCCCUCUGUGAGCUGAUGCUGAGCCCGGUCUUCGCCGGGUGCCACAGCCUCAUCCCACCUGGCCCGUACUUCAACGCCUGUGUCAGUGACAGUUGCUGGCCCGGCCGCGGCCGUGCGGUGCUCUGCCAGAGCCUGGAGGCCUACGCAGAGCUCUGCCGCUCCCGGGGUGUCUGCCCCGACUGGCGCAACGCCACCCACGGGCUGUGCGACCUCGCUUGCCCGCCCUCCAAGGUGUACAAGUCGUGUGGCCCCGUGCAGCCGGAGUCCUGCGACUCCAGGAGCCAGAGCCCGCUGAGCGUGGGGCUGGCAGAGGGCUGCUUCUGUCCCGAUGGCCACAUCCUCUUCAACUCCCACAGGGACAUCUGCGUGCCCGAGUGCCCCUGUGUGGGACCGGACGGGCUUCCCAAAUUCCCCGGAGAGCGGUGGGUCAGCAACUGCCAGGACUGCGUGUGUGACAAGGGCGCCGUGUCAGUGCAGUGCACACCUGUGGAGUGCCCGACCCCAGACCAGCCACAGGAAUGCAGCGAGGCCGGCUUCGUGGCUGUGAGCAGGCCUCUGGCAGACAAACCGUGCUGCAUGGAGACUCUGUGCGUCUGCAAUGCAAGCACGUGCCCCCAGAGCCCACCUGCGUGUAGGCCGGGAGAGAAGCUGGUCCGCACCCAGGUGGAGGAUGACUGUUGCCCCACCUUCAGCUGCAACCCUCUGCUGUGCACCUUCAAUGGCACGUUCUAUGGGGUCGGUGCGACCUUCCAAGGGGUCACUCCAUGCCACACGUGCACCUGUCUGUCCAUGGAUAGCAGGGACCCGACCAUGUGGUGUGAGGAGAAGGCGUGCAACACCACCUGCCUCCAGGGCUUUGAGUACUCCACGGUGGCCGGGCAGUGCUGUGGGGAGUGCGUGCAGACCGCCUGCCUCGCACCGGAUGGCCAGCUGGUCCAGCUCAACGAGACCUGGGUCAACAGCCUAGUGGACAACUGCACGGAGUACCACUGCCAGGCCAGGGACGGACCCCCUAUGCUGACCCCAACGCCUGUGGUCUGCCCCGACGUGUCCACCUGCAAGGGCAUCCUCAAGAAAAUUGGCUGCUGCUACUCUUGUGUGCAAACGGACACCUGCCAGGUCCACGCCAACAUGACGGUCCUUCGACACCGGGGCUGCGUCACCCAGGCUGCCGUCAGGGUCUCUUUCUGCGAGGGCUCUUGCCCGGAAGUGUCCCGGUACUCCAUGGAGGCGCAGGCUGGGCAGUGCCGCUGCACCUGCUGCCAGGAGACCAGGACCCACCAGGAGGUGGUGACCAUGCAGUGCCCCGAUGGGACGGCCUUCCAGCACACCUACACCCACGUGGACGAGUGCAGCUGCGUCCCGGCCUGCGCGUCCUCGUCCCAGGUUCUUGAGGAUAGCGUGUCCACCUUCCCACUCUUGGGGUCCACCACUGUCUGA